AUGCCUACCAAGGGCACAGUCAUCAUCUACGCCACCGGCGGUACCAUUGCCGGUGCUGCCCCCAGCAGCACAUCCACAGCCAUGUACCAGUCCGGCGCUCUCAGGGUCGACGAGUUGAUCCGGGGGCUUCCCGAGCUAGAACAUGUUGCUGAGAUUACUAGCCAGCAGAUCUGCAACUUGGGGAGUCCCGAUCUAAACUCGGAGAUACUAAUCAGUCUGUCUCAGCAGAUUGAAAGGGAUCUCAUGGAUGAUUCCGUUUCUGGCGUUGUCGUUACUCAUGGGACGGAUACGAUUGAGGAGACGGCUUUUUUUCUCGACUUGACUAUCAAGUCUGACAAGCCAGUUGUUCUUGUCGGUUCUAUGCGGCCUGCUUCGUCGCUUAGUCCCGAUGGACCCAUGAACCUCCUCGAGGCUGUUCGUCUAGCGAGCUGUAAAGAUGCCAAAGGACGUGGCACAAUGAUUGUCCUCAACGAUCGCAUCUGUUCCGCUAGGUUCACGACAAAGAUCAACGCCAACAGGGUUGAUGCCUUCAAGGCUGGUGACCAAGGGUACCUGGGGACCUUUGAGAACUCGAUGCCCAACUUCUUCUACCCGCCCGUUAGGGCAAACUGCUGGCGCCACUUUGACAUUUGUCGUUUAGAUGCCUCGAAAGGUCUGCCAAAGGUCAACAUCCUAUGCGGACAUCCAGAACUCGAGGCUGAGCUAUUCGCAGAGUCCAUCAGAUGCGGAGCAAAAGGCGUAGUCCUAGCCGGCAUGGGCGCAGGAUGCUGGUCCAAAGACGGAGGCAAAGCCAUCAGCAAGGCGCGGGAAGAAGGAGGUAUAAUCUCGAUAAUCGCGAGCUAUCGAACUGCGUACGGCUUUGUUGAUGGUGCGAACGAGCUGUAUGGGUUGGGGGAGUGGGCUAUUGGAGGGGGGUUUCUUAACCCGCCCAAGUGUCGCAUUCAGCUGCAGCUUUGUCUUGCGACGGGUCUGGCUAUGGGUGAGAUUCGAAAAGUUUUUGAGGCGCGGUGA